CCACUAAAACUAAUCACAGGAAAUCCAAACAAACCCAGUGAAAGGGAAGAGAGAGAAACAGAGACACCAAACCAGAGACCAGGCUUUGUGCGUCUAUAAAACACACUCUCUCUCUCUCUCUAAACUUCCCCACACACACACACACCAUUUCACACUUGUUUCUACCGCUCAAAAACACCCUUUCUGUGAAGUCCAAUGCAAGACACGAAUUGGGUCCAAACCAAUUCUCUUUGAUCAUCAUAAUUCACACAAUACCCUGCUAAGCUAAGAGAAGAGACUUUGAUCAAGUGACCUGACAAGUCCAGCUCUUCCCCAGCAUGGACAUAGCGUAACCCACAAGAAAAAUCGAAAGCAAUCAGAUCAAAAGCACUACAUAUUCGUGUUCUUUUCGCAAAGCAACGCCAACGCACACACAUACACUCUGCUUUAUAUAGUCACUCCCGGGCUCACUCUAGCGAAUUAGUCCCGUUUCCAUAACAACACAUAAUCACACAUAAACCCAUCUAGAUGGAGAGGUUUUCGAGCGGCCGGGACGACCUCACGGGCCAAAUUGGGCUGAUAUGGCAGCAAGCUAAAGCACCAUUGAUCGUGCCAUUGUUGAAAUUAUUGGUGGUGGUGUGUUUGGGGAUGUCCGUAAUGUUGUUCUUAGAGAGAGUGUAUAUGGGCAUUGUUAUAGUAUUACUGAAGCUGUUUAGAAAGAAGCCUGAGAAGAGUUACAAGUGGGAGUCUAUGAAGGAAGAUGUGGAGCUUGGGAAUUCAGUAUAUCCUAUGGUGUUAGUGCAAAUACCAAUGUACAAUGAAAGAGAGGUUUAUCAGCUGUCUAUUGGGGCUGCAUGUGGCCUUUCUUGGCCGUCUGAUCGGAUCAUCAUUCAAGUUCUUGAUGAUUCAACAGACCCAUCUAUCAAGGAUUUGGUGGAGCUAGAGGUGAGGAGAUGGGCAAACAAAGGCAUAAACAUAAAGUAUGAGAUUAGGGACAACAGGAAUGGGUACAAAGCUGGGGCUCUCAAGGAAGGAAUGAAGCACAGCUAUGUGAAACAAUGUGAUUAUGUUGCCAUCUUUGAUGCUGAUUUCCAACCCGAACCGGAUUUCUUAUGGCGAACCAUUCCUUUUCUUGUACACAAUUCUGAAAUUGCCCUAGUUCAAGCUCGCUGGAAAUUCGUUAACUCCGAUGAGUGUUUGAUGACAAGGAUGCAAGAGAUGUCACUAGAUUACCAUUUUACAGUGGAGCAAGAAGUGGGGUCUGCAACCUACGCGUUUUUUGGCUUCAAUGGAACUGCUGGAGUAUGGAGAAUUUCAGCACUCAAUGAGGCCGGAGGAUGGAAGGACAGAACGACUGUGGAGGAUAUGGAUCUGGCUGUCCGAGCUAGUCUCAAAGGCUGGAAAUUCGUAUACGUUGGUAAUAUCAAGGUGAAAAAUGAGUUGCCAAGUACCUUCAAAGCCUAUCGUUAUCAACAGCACCGUUGGUCUUGUGGCCCGGCUAAUCUCUUCAAGAAAAUGGCAAUGGAAAUCAUGAGAAACAAGAAAGUCACUUUGUGGAAGAAGCUUUACGUGAUCUACAGUUUCUUCUUUGUCCGGAAGAUUGUUGCUCAUCUUGUCACAUUUAUCUUUUACUGUGUCAUUCUGCCCGCGACUGUUUUGGUCCCUGAAGUGCAAGUUCCUAAAUGGGGAGCUGUCUAUAUUCCUUCCACAAUUACUCUUCUCAAUGCUGUUGGAACUCCAAGGUCACUUCAUCUAUUGGUUUUCUGGAUACUUUUUGAGAAUGUCAUGUCUCUGCACCGGACAAAGGCCACGUUCAUUGGUUUGCUGGAUGCGGGGAGGGUUAACGAAUGGGUUGUCACCGAGAAAUUGGGAGAUGCUCUCAAAACAAAAUUAGGUUCCAAAGCACCCAAGAAACCUCGUAUCAGGAUUGGUGAAAGGCUACAUCUUCUAGAGCUCUCUGUUGGGAUCUAUCUCUUCAUCUGUGGUUGCUAUGAUGUUGCUUUGGGGAAAAACCACUACUUCAUCUACCUCUUUCUCCAGUCCAUUGCCUUCUUCAUCGCGGGAUUCGGUUAUAUUGGCACAUUUGUUCCCAGCUCUUAAAGAAGAUUCUUGGGAUACAACACACUGUCUUUGAGAUUUUAUCUUCACCGAUAAGUUAUAUAUAAAUCAGGUUCUUUGGAAGCAGCUUCAGUUCAAGUUAUGAGUGGUUUUUUAGAUUGUUGUUCAUUCUUUUAUGCAGGGCAUAAACAAUCAAUAUGUGGUUUGAUUUAUUAUCUUGUAUUAAUACUCAGAACAGCCACAUAUAUUACAAAAAAAAAAGAGAUUUUGUAUUGAAAAUAAGUUGUAUACAAAGGAAAAAAAGAAAAAGAAAAAGAAAAAUAGAGUAUGAUUCAGUUUAGAUGAUGUAGAAACUUGUACACGGCUUUGUCUGGCUGUAGUUGUAAUUUGUUUGUUGUCUUUAAAUCAAUAAAGUUAUGAUAAGUUCAAAAAAAAAAUCUACAUUUAUUUAUGUUUGUUGCUUCUUCCUAUUUAUCCAAGUUAUAUCAAUUGUCAAAACAAAAAAUAAAAAUAAAUAUAAAAUGCAUUUUCAUCCUUUAAUCAAUUCUACAAUUGAGUCUGAUGAUUUUGCGUUCUC